AGGGAACUGGCCCUGAGCCCAGACCAGAUGGAGGACCCCGAGAAGAACAGGGCAGCUGUGAGCCGUGAGCUUUGAGGCGGUGGGACCUGUCAGCAGAAUGUCUCCUGCCCCCGAGAGCCACCCCGAGGCCACUGAGAUGAGCACCGCGGCCUGGCCGGCCCCAGUGCCUGCGUCUCAGUAGCCGGGAGCCGCGGGCCCACGCCCGCCCGCCAGCCGCGGUGAUGUUCUAGCCACAGAGGAGCCAAGACCUCAGGUUUCCAGAGACUUGGGAUUUGCACGGCAGCAGAGUCACCGUGGAGAGGCCAGGGUAUCACAAACUUAUGGAUUUUGACAAGAAAGGAGGGAAAGGGGAGACAGAGGAGGGCCGGAGAAUGUCCAAGGCCGGCGGGGGCCGGAGCAGCCACGGCAUCCGGAGCUCGGGGACCAGCUCGGGGGUCCUGAUGGUGGGCCCCAACUUCCGCGUAGGCAAGAAGAUCGGCUGCGGCAACUUCGGGGAGCUCCGCCUAGGAAAGAAUCUCUAUACAAAUGAAUACGUGGCUAUCAAAUUGGAGCCGAUCAAGUCCCGGGCCCCGCAGCUGCACCUGGAGUACCGGUUCUACAAGCAGCUCAGCGCCACAGAGGGCGUCCCUCAGGUCUACUACUUCGGCCCGUGCGGGAAGUACAACGCCAUGGUGCUGGAGCUGCUGGGGCCCAGCCUGGAGGACCUGUUCGACCUGUGCGACCGGACCUUCACGCUCAAGACGGUGCUGAUGAUCGCCAUCCAGCUGAUCACACGCAUGGAGUACGUGCACACCAAGAGCCUCAUCUACCGGGACGUGAAGCCCGAGAACUUCCUGGUGGGCCGCCCGGGGACCAAGCGGCAGCACGCCAUCCACAUCAUCGACUUCGGGCUGGCCAAGGAGUACAUCGACCCUGAGACCAAGAAGCACAUCCCGUACCGCGAGCACAAGAGCCUGACGGGCACGGCGCGAUACAUGAGCAUCAACACGCACCUGGGCAAGGGUGAGCUGCGCGCACGCGGCGGGGCGCUGAACUCCACCAACGGGGAGCUGAACGCGGACGACCCCACGGCUGGUCACUCCAAUGCCCCCAUCACGGCGCCUGCAGAGGUGGAGGUGGCCGAUGAAACCAAAUGCUGCUGUUUCUUCAAGAGGAGAAAGAGAAAAUCACUGCAGCGACACAAGUGACCCCGGGCGUGUGCAGCCCCCUGAAUCUUCUCCGCGCAGCCCCUUGGGGCGAGAGCUUGUGCGAGGCCCUCGGGGCCCACCCACAGCGGCCCAGGGCCAGACCCUGGCCCGAAGCCAGAACGCAGACUGCAGGGGCCGCACCUGGCUCAGCCGGCGGCCCCACCCCCGGGACGUGGGGUCACUUCCUUCACGUAAGACUUUGGCCGAAAUUUCUACACCUGUGUCUAGUCCUCCCCUCCAAAAGCAUUAACUAUUUAAAACAAGGAAAAAAGGAAAAACACAGAGGCCCACCUGCCCCCACCCUGCCCUCCGUUUCUUUGCUGAAGUGAGUAGUGUGAUCUGGGGGGCCCCGGCCCGGCCCCGCCAGCCGCCCCCGUUAGCGUCAUAAAGUCCAGCUUGUCUCCCUCGAUCCAAAGGCCGUUUUCUCGAGGGGAGGGCAGGCCCGGCCUGGAGGGUGCUGUGGGGCUGUCUUGCCCAGGCCCUCCUGGGAGGGGAGAGGCAUUGCUGCCAGGGGUGAGGCCGUGCCUCAGGCCUCCCUGAAACCAAAGGGGAAGGCAGGGGUGGGCCCGCGGCGGAAGCCGGCUCCCCAACCAAAAUGCUGCACCAAAGCUUGGGCGCCGCGGGCACGGCCACUGCAGCCUCUGCCCGGCCUGGCCCCGGCGAGGGGCGGGCGGGCACUGCCAGGCUGGUGCUUCUCAACGCACUUGCUUCCGGAGGCUGUGCCCCGGCGCCUGGAACCUGAGGUGGGAGGACCAGCUGGUGUCGCCCUGCUCGGCCCUGGGCCCUGUUGCGUGGGGCGCGUGGGCACAGACAGGGCUUCCUGCCUCUGUGCUCCGCCACCCGGCAAGCAGCCGGAGACAAAACGCCUUAAAGCCCCGGCGCAGCCCCGCGGGUGUAUGUGCAGGGGCCUGGGGCGGCCCUGGACUGGCGGGUGGUCCCCCAGCGGGGUGCCCUGGAGGCUGCUGGGCAGAGUGAAGCAGCUUGGGGCCGUGCCUAGGGCGGUGGCUGUGAGUCUAGUUUUUGCUUUACCAAGUGUACAGAAAUGGCAUUUACGUUUCUCUGAUGCUCCCUUGAAGCCAUAGAAUUUAGGGGCUUUUUUUAAAAAAUAAAAGAAAAAUGAAACCAAA